AUGAUUUCACAGGAACAGGGUGCCUUCGUGAAAGGGAGAUCAAUAGCAGAUAAUAUUGAGGUAGCUCAAGAGAUGAUUCAUCAUAUCAACAAGAAAGUCAGGGGAGGCAACCUCAUCCUCAAAUUGGACCUUGAAAAAGCUUAUGAUAGGCCGACGGGUUUCUUCAGAUCUUACAGAGGCCUGAGGCAAGGGGAUCCUCUCUCCCCGACCCUCUUCAUCAUUGCGAUGAAGUCUUUCUCAGUGAAUCUCAACCUAAUGCUCUCGAGCGGAGGAUGCCAACAGUUUUCCAUUCGUCGUAGUUGCCCCAGUCCGUCCCAUCUACUCUUCACCGACGACAUUCUUCUCUUCACCAACAGUAAAAAGGAAUCCCUCCUUCAGCUAAAUCAGCUUAUGCUUAUCUUCCAGACAGUUACAGGCCAAAAAAUCAGUCGUCAGAAGAGUCGAUUCAUAUGCUCAAGAGAUUUAAAGCCAGCCAUGAUUAGAACUACUGAAAGAACCCUCGAUUUUCAGAAAGUCAGGGACAAUCUCAUCUACUUGGGUGCCCCCCUAUGUAAAGGAAGAAUCAAAACUGCAGCCUUUCAAUUCUUGUUGGACAAAGUGGACAGGAAAACUUCAGGUUGGGCUGGAAGACUGAUUUCUCAAGCAGGCAGAUUAACGCUAUUCGUCAUGUUCUAA